AUGUCGCUGCCCUCCAGCAAGGCCCCCGCGGCGCAGUCCUCGAUCCGCUCCUUUUUCACCGCCAAAACACCAAAGUACGCCCCGCCACCGACUUCGAGAGAUGCCUCGACGGGCGCCGUGACGUCCACGGGCGGCGACGCGACAGCGAUACACGCCGCGCAGCCGGAGAUGCAGUCACAGAUGCGAGCCGAACACCCGAUCAGCGCGCCCGCGUCGCCGAUAGCCAUCCCGCCCCUGCCCGCGUCCCUCCCGCGCGAGGCCGCGAUCCGCCCCGUCACCCUCGCCGAUACGACCGCCCUGCGGCGCAUCAACGCCCUCCUCCUGCCCGUCAGCUACCCCGACGCCUUCUACGCGCGCGCCAUCGAUCCGGCCGAGUCGGGGCCCUUCUCCCGCGUCAUCACCUGGGCGCACGACGGCGAGGAGCCCAAGGUCGUUGGCGGGGUCGUCUGCCGCGUCGAGCCCGCGCUGCUGUCGGUGGGCAGCACGGGGCGCGGGCAAGACGACGGCCGGGUCCCGCAGAACCUAUACAUUCAGUCGCUGUGUCUGCUCUCGCCGUAUCGCGGCCUGGGCCUCAUCAAUGCCGCGCUGGACAACAUCAUCGGGACAGCCAUGGCGAACCCCGCGCUGGGCGUCGGCACCGUCACGGCACACGUGUGGACGCAGAACGAGGAGGGCCUCCACUGGUACGAGGCACGGGGGUUCAAGCGCCAGGAACCGGCCAUCGAGGGGUACUACCUCAAGCUGCGCCCCGGCUCUGCAUAUCUCGUCCACCGCGACGUCGGCGCAUCGGUGCGAAGCUCCCUCCCGGCCACGUCGCCGCCGACGGAAGCCCCAUCCACCAUCACAGCCAGCACCACCGCGGCCGUUGUGAACCUCCCGCCACAGCAGACGACGAAACCCCCGCCUCCCCAAAGCGGCCCUCCCCCAUCCAACGGCGGCAGCAGCACGUCGACGCCCCCGCCGGGCCUCUCGCGCGGCCAGUCGUACCAGAACCAACGGGCCGAGACGGAGUGGAACGACCUGCCCGCCGACAUGGCCCCCGGCAUGCUCGCGCCGCCGCGGAAGAACGGCAGCGAGCCCGGGUCCAGUGCCAGCUCGCGGAGCAGCUCGACUGUGCGCAAGAAGAGGGACCGGUCAUACCCUGCGGCGGCGUUUGGGAGCUGA